GGUUCAUACGGCUAUUCCCAAUAGUCUGGGAAUAUCAACAACUUGUCAAAACUAUACCGGAAACAGCUGAGACGCGAGAACCCAAAGAAGUCUUUCUUUAUCCCAGGCGAUGACGUUCUGUUUGUAAACAUACUUCAAGACUAGGCACUGUGCGAUAUAGCGUGUGGCGAGGCCUACAUCUACUGCUUGAAUAGAGGAGUCAUGGAGUUUGGCAGUGCCGGCGACGAUGUGAAUGAGUUCACAAAGCUCUUUGUGGCAGCUCUCGACUCUGAUAACAUGACGGUUGUUGAGUCAAUGAUCAGGACGAAGGUCAAGGAUUUCAGGUUCCCGUUGGACAUGAGCCAGUGUGCCAUAAUGGCUUCUGCUCGGGGUAACUCCGACGUUCUCUCGAGACUCCUGCCCCUACAUCCACGGAUGAGUUACUCAGACUCAGCGGGCCGCAGGGCCAUUCACUACGCAGCGAAGAACGGCCAUCUCACCUGUGUGGAGCUUCUCCUAAAGGCGGGGGCCAUCAGCAACUGCGCCGACGGGACUGGCUUCACUCCCCUUCAUCUGGCCUGCGAUAACGGACAUGUGGACAUAGUCAGUCUGUUGGUGCGUCAGUGCGCACACAUCAAUUCGUGCCGCACAGAGCUCGGGGAGAGCGCGGUGCACGCGGCGGCCAAGGCGGGUCACGUGCAGGUCAUGGAGCAGCUGCUGGCCUACGGGGCGGACCUCAACGCCACGGCCAGACGCAACAAAGGGGGGGAAACUCCGCUGCACAAGGCAGUGGCUGCCGACAAACCCGAGAUGGUUGAGUUCCUACUUCAAAAUGGCGCCGUGGCCUCUAUAGCAGACGCGUACGGCAAAAGCCCGGUCCAUAUAGCGUGUGAGCGAGGCCUCCUGCGAUGUCUCGGUGUGCUACUCCAACGGGAAGUCUCGCUUGAGGUCAGGGACAACAUCGGCCAGACGGCUCUCGGCUCGGCCAUCAUGGAGAACCAAACAGAAGUGGCGAAGCUUCUGAUAGAACAGGGGGCCGAUGUGCACUCGGUGGACCAGAACGGAUACUCUCUACUACACAAGGCGACGAUGAGGGGCAACUUGGAGCUGAUGGAGUGCCUGGUGGCUUCGGGCUCCGACGUGAACGUGAGAACUCCCGCCAAUCUUCAGUCUCCGCUCUUCACCGCUGUCUCUCUCGGCAAGCUCCGUGCCGUGCAGCGACUCGUUGACCUCGGAGCUGACGUCACCUUGCCCGAUGUCAAAGGUCACACAGCGCUGCACAUGGCUCAGGCAAAAAUAGGAAGUCGCCUCUGUUCUGGUUGGCCUACUCCGGCUUCCUCCCCGAGGCGCUGUAUCUGGUGCGAGCCGGCUGGAACCUGGGAGAGGAAAUCUGGAUAGUCCUGCCGGGGAAGGAUGAGAGGCAGGACCGGCUGCACGAGUACAUGGUUCAAUCCUACCGCACGGUGCCCUCGCUUCUGGCGUCAUGUCGGAAGACGGUCCGUACACACUUGAGUGAGAUGAGGCAACACCGAGAGAUCCUGAGCAGCAUCGAACAACUGCCCAUCCCCGUGCCCCUCAAGAACUUUCUCUUGCUUCUCGAUAUUGACGCAAACGACCACCGCGCUCUCGAGCCGUGAGACUCUUCAGUGAGACGACCAGGAGCUGGGUGGGACAAAUGACCGUUUGUUGAAUAUUUGUGAGGCAGCGUGGUGGAAUCAGGCGCUUGUCAAAAUAAUGAAAUUGAAGAAACCGCCAUUUUUUCGCCGGUUUUGCAGUUUUUAUCAAAUUGAAACAUUUUUGGCUGGUCACCUUUUAUGUCCAUUUAAAAUAACAUUGUUUUUGGUGUGGAUUUAACCGUAAAAGUGUUGAUGAAAGGCACAAGUAAUGUAAGUUUUCAGUUUCCAAGUGCUCUCAAGCUCUGGAAUUCAUCAUACUUUGGCGGUCAUUUUCUUGCUAAUUUCCCCUCUGAAACCGGGCGACCCCAAUCUCCUUCAAAAGUGAAGAUCUUGACUUCUAUUCGAGAUAGAUGGGUAUUUAAAAAAAAUUGAAAGCAAGAGAAAAGAACAAGCUUUAAGAUGAUGUCAACAACUCCACAUGUCGAAAAAUUGACGAGCACCUGAUUCCACCGCGUUGUGACACAUUCAAGGUCGGUGUCUGUCUCUGGACAGUGAGUCACAAUGUCGAGGGAAAAGCACCAAGGGAGGGGACCUGCUUCGCAUUUUCUUUCGAGUAUUGAAUUCAUGACGUGUCAUCGUUGUAGAUUAUUCUUUUCAAUGCCAUUGUUCUUCAUUCCGAAACAGCUAUGCCUGUCUGUCGCAAGAAAAAUGAGUAACUGUUGACCUUCUUUACAGCAGGAAAUGGGCAAGCAUGUCUAACUCGCAGGUCAGGUUAUAGGCGAUUCCAAAUAUCUGGCAGGCCACAACAAGAGAUAUUUGGAUGAAAUGGGUUCAAACACCCAAGCUCUCUAAACUGAGACAAAAAUUGACACUAUAAGCUAUAACAAUGUCCUCAAGGGAAUUUCAUGAGAUAAAGUAUUCGAUCUAUUGUUUCCAUUUUUGCCAGAAACUAAUUCUAAUUUCUAAUUUUCAAGAUGGGCAGUUCUGUUUUUAUUAAUCAUCAACUCACCAUGGGCCAUUUUCAUGAUUAAUUACUGGGUUGACUUAUGGGCCAGGCUGAAACUGCUCACGGACCGGAUCUGGACCACAGAGUUUGCCCAUGCCUGCUUGAUAGGUUGAGCAAACAACAUGAGAGUUUCUCAGUUUUCUCGCUAUGAAAGCGUAAUAUUUUUGUAGUGCAAGUUUCUGUUCAAUGUGCCGUAUGUCAAACUUGUGUGCAUGCCUUUGUCUUACUAGAUCAGAAAAGACACUUUGUGAGUCCUUUUUUUUUCUUUCUAGAUUCUUCUUCAGCCUCGUUUAACACUUUGCGAUCACUUGCCACAAUAAUGCGCCAGUGAAAAUUUUCCCUUUACAAACCUGGCAGGACCGAGAAGUCCGUUGCUGUCACUCUCCUGGCCGGGUGACCAGAUGGGGUAUUUUGUACUGGGUGACGGGAUGGGGUAUUUUGUAUUGCUGGCUGGGUGACUGCAAAGUGUUAACUAAGCUCACCUCUCUAUUUGCUGACUGGCGUGUUUGGUGUUACAGUCGAGCUCUCUGUCGUUGCACACAGAAAAUGUGGGUUCAGUUCCCGUAUAACGAAGCUGUUUUACCGUGUAAUUCUGUCAAGGUUGGCCCUGACAGGCAGGGUCUAAGUAGCCCACCCCUAUUGUUGAUGGGAGCAAAGAACGUUUACAAUAAAUCUAUCAAUAUUUUUUUUUGUGUAGGUGUUUUUACGCUCCCAUCGACACAAUUUAGGUCAAUUAGGGUGCAGGCUCCAGACCCUCCCUGUGGCAGGCCAACCCAGGCUGAGAAGGAUACAACAUCCUAGCAGAAAGAACAUGAUACUCGUUAAUAAUUCUCCCAACCCGCGAAUCAAACUGGGUUCUCCUGUGUACAACAGCAAAGUGCCUAACCGCUGCACCACAGACGCCGGUGAACUGAUCUGUAUGCUGCCAUGGAUGUUUUGUGUCAAGUUUCCCUCAUUGUGGCUGCAGCCAUUCUAAAGUUCAAAUUUUACCUGAUCAAAAUGAUGUAGAGGGAGAAUUAAUUCACGCUUGUUUUUGAAAAGCAUGGUGAUUUUUCCCUCCGAAUUUUUCUACUUUAAGAAACUUUUAAAAGUGAAAAACGCCUUUUGAGGGAGGAAUUGUUUUUUUAAAUGUUUUACAGUACAGCAAAGUAGCAGUGUUAUAUUUUUGUUUUGUUUUUCAGUGUGUAAUAUUGUUGAGUUUCUGGGCAUUUCUGGUAAUUCUCUCGUCAACAUCUGAACAUAGCACCGGCAUGUUGAUAGUCAGGCACUACUCUAGUGGCAUGGAUUCAAUUUAUGGAUCCGUUGUUCGUUGUCUUAGGGUCACAAUAUUGAAGAUGUAGCAUUGAAAUGUUUUUUUUUACCUAUUAUUAUAUUUAUUUGUGUAUUCAAGGGGCCUCUGGGAUUGGGUAAUCAAGUCUUUCGAUGUACGCUAUGGUAGCUUUGGUGGAGGUCAAGUGUCAGGAAAUGAGGUCUAUGCUUUUUUUUUCUUCCUUUUUUUUUUUUUUUCUAGCGACGUACUUGAAAAUGUUCUCAUGGUAUGCUGCUCCUGAGAUGCAUGGUCUCUGCUCUCCCUUGUCUUUUUCAAUGUGUGUCUAUGGUCGCGUGUAUGUUGCAGAUGCUUGUGGGUUGGAGGACGCUACUGGCAGGUCUUUCUUCUUUAAUAUCCCCUAUGUUGUUUCUGUCUGUCUGUCUAUCUGUCUGUCUUACUUUUCCCCAGCAUUAAAUGACCAUUAUUUUUGUCACUGUGUUUCUCUUUACUCAAACAAACGAACAAACAAACAAACAAACAAGUGUUACGGAUGGAACUUCUGUUUAGCUUGUGUGGAGGGUCAGACAUGUUUGUUACCCUUUUUUACUCAUUUACUACUGCAGUGAGUACAUGGUCACUACUGUCUGACGGGGAGUGAGUACAUGGUCACUACUGUCUGACGGGGAGUGAGUACAUGGUCACUACUGUCUGACGGGGAGUGAGUACAUGGUCACUAUUGUCUGACGGGGAGUGAGUACAUGGUCACUACUGUCUGACGGGGAGCACUCUUGUCAACUCAAGAGAGACUUCAGAGAGACGUCGUUUUGAUUUUUAUCGG